AUGGGCUCCGGCAUCGAUCCCAAUGCGCAGCGUCGCCGCAGCCUGGACGACGCCGAGUCCGUCUACGAAGCCGACGAGGGCACGGCGCUGCUUCAUGAUGCCGACCUGCCCGCUGAUAUCGCGCCGUCCAAGUCCUUUCGCCGCUUUGUGCUGGGCAUGUGCGUGCUGUUCCUCUUCAUCAUCGAGGUCAGCCAGUACAUCCUCACCCCCGCCAUGGAGCAGAUCAUGGAGGACGUCAUCUGCCGGCGUUAUCAUCCGGACCAUGCUCUGUCGGUGCACGAUAACCGAUGCAAGGAGACGGACGUGCAAAAGACGCUGGCCAUGGUGCGGUCCUGGUCCAUGUCUGGGGAGAUGCUGUUUCCCCUUUUUGUCCAGAUUUCGUAUGGUGUCGUUGCUGACAAGUAUGGCCGUCGUCUCGUCAUGUUCCUCGCUCUCCUUGGCGCCCUUCUCCAGCAAGCUUGGGUAACGAUUGUUUUGCUCUUCCCUGAUACAUUCUCCAUCUGGAGCAUGCUCUAUGGCAGCGUUUUCUACCUGAUUGGCGGAGGCGGCCAGAUGGUUGUCGCCAUGGUAUGGACCAUCAUCGCCGACGUAAUCCCCGUUGCCGAGAGAACCAGUGUCUUUUACAAAGUCUAUGCCAUGAACCUCAUCAUCUCUGUUGCUGUCAACCCUCUCGCCGGAUGGCUCCUCAGCGUAGAUCCUUGGCUUGCAAUGUGGAUUGGCAACGGAAUCCUAGUCGUUGGCAUGCUGUCGUCUGCCCUCAUCCCAGAGACGCUGAAACUUCGCCAGGCGGCCGAUAACAAGCGCCGUGGUCAAGACGCCCCGCCUCCCGUCGAAGAUGAAUCGGAGCCGUCAACACGAAAGAUUCCUGCUGCAAGGGACUUGGCUCGUCGUGCGUGGUUCUCCGUCAAGAACGAUGUGUCCCACGUAUGGCACUUCAUCUUCGCCUCCAAGAGUGUCGUGCUGCUCCUUUUGGCUUAUGGGCCAUUUUACCUCAUCAAGCUGGCCUUUGUUCUGGACAUUUUGCAGUACAUGACCCGCCGCUUCAACUGGGAGUGGUCAACGGCAACGUAUAUCAACACAAUCAGCAGCCUAACGGCCGUAUUCACCUUGCUCGUGGUACUGCCUGUAGCAUCCAACAUUCUGACCACAUAUUUCCACUACAACGCCAUCAGACGAGAUCUUCUUCUGGCUCGCAUCUCCAUUGUCGUUUUCAUCAUUGGCAGCGCUCUUACCGCUGUUGCUGGCGUUCCGUGGCUCUUCAUCUGCUCCAUGGUCAUUACCAACCUUGGCCAGGGCAUGGGCACCCUCUGCCGAGCCUUGCUCAACGCAGUGGUUGAGCCGCAUACCAUUGCCACUCUCAACACCACCAUGUCCACCAUGGAGACGCUGAUGGGCUUUAUAGGCUCACCAGUCAUGGGAUGGCUCCUGAGCCGCGGCAUGGAGUUGGGAGGUUUUUGGAUGGGAUUGCCUUAUCUUGCGACAACUCUACUCGGUGUGUGUGUUAUGGUGGCGAUUUAUCUCGUUAGAAUCCCGGCCGGGUUUGCUCAGGGCUCCAGGGGAUAG